AUGAAUGACAACGCGAAACAUUAUCCUGUACGUUUAAGGAGUAUAUGUAUAAUAUGUAUUGGCAUUCCCACCAUCGUUUUCAUUUAUCAAAAUAUUGUUCAUCAUAGAGUGUCUAUUCAAAUUAGUAAAUAUUACUUUCCCUUAUGCAACUAUUUAUCUAUUAUCACUAAUAACCGUAUUGUUUUCAAUAAUGCAUCGUAUUUUAUUCAUCACUAUCCUGAAUUCGUUUGUCCACAAAAUUUUCGCAAUUUAGCGGAUUGGGUUUAUGGUUGGCCUGAAGAUUUAUUUAAUGAGCACAUGGACAGUACCAUGAAUAGUAGUUAUGUGACUGUACCUAAUCUCCCGCAUGGCAGUAUCAUCUAUAUUAAACCUGAUGUUAUUUCAAGCUUUUUUCAAAGAAUUUAUCCGUAUUUACAGAAUGAAUUUGUAUUAAUUACUGGACAAAGUGAUAUAUCAGUACCGAAUAAAUAUCUUAGAUAUCUUGAAAGAUCCGAUUCAAAAGUUAUUCAUUGGUUUGGACAAAAUGGAGAUAUCAGUGCAUCGGAAAGUAAACGUUUCACUCAUAUACCAAUCGGUCUCAAUUGUUUUGAAAUGGCAGAAACUAUCCGAAGUGUUCAUCAACAAUAUUCCAAUUAUACUCUACCAUCGUUAUUCAAUCAAAGUAUUAAGGAUUAUUAUGUACAACCAUUUGAUAUUACACAAAAAGUUUUAAAUACUAAAAAUAAUGUUUCUGACAAAUUACUAUUGCUCAAUUUUCAUCCGAAUACAGAUUCAACUGGAUUACGUAUAGAAGUAUGGAAUCAUUUUUGUCAACUUGAAAAUUAUUCAUUUGCUACAUGUUUUGGUAAGUCGUUAGAAGGCGUAGAUGAUAAGACUACUUUACGAAGUAUUUACGAACGAAAUCGUCAAUAUCCAUUAUGGUUAUCACCUCGUGGCAAUGGAAUUGAUUGCCAUCGAACAUGGGAAGCUCUCUAUCUAGAUGCUGUUCCAAUUGUUUGGCAUUCAACAAUUGAUUCAUUAUAUGCAGAUUUACCAAUUAUAAUUAUUAAUGAUUUGAAUGACAUAAACGAACAAUUUCUUCGAAAUAAAUUACAUGAAAUAGCUGUAAAAAAAAUUCGGCAACCACCUGUAUAUCGAUAUGAAAAAUUAAGGAAUUCCUUUUGGCGUGAUAUGAUUUUAAAAAAAUCGAGACAUUCUUCUACUAACACUCAUCUACGCAAAAAUCGUUGUUGGCGCGGUAAAACUAUUGAAUAA